UUUAAUUGUGAAUUUGUGAUGAUAAGACUUAAGCUUAUCAGUGUACAGAGUUGACUGAUAAGAGAAUUUUCAAAAUAACUACAGAUGGAUUACCAAGAUAUGAUCGUCCGUAAGAAAAACAUGUUGUUAUCAUUACGAUUUUUAUUUUUUGAUAAAUUCUCUGAUAUCAGGUACGUAUUAUAGUAAUGUAGUCAUGGUGUACCAUGCAAUGUCGCGGAGCGCCGAACUCGAUUAAUAUUAUACGAUGAAAGUACGUGCGUGUACGAAUUGAUAUUUGUUUUUGGAACUUAUGCGUGUCACUGCCAACACCGCCAUGUCAGUUUUAAACAAAGUACGUAAAAAUUUACCCCACAUCAAGCAAAACACCGAACUGCUGUUCAACAACACGGGGCUGUGUAUCAAAAUCAUAUCGUGCAUGUUGUCUGUGUGCUAUUUCUUCUCGUUUUGGUCCAAGAGCUCGACGGUGUUCGGCGUGACACCCGGUUACUUGUUUCCGCCGUCGUUCUGGCUAUGGACACCAUUCACGUUCUGUUUCUUCGAGACACACCUGUGGCAAGUGCUGCUCGACAUUGCUAUGGUGGCGGUGUGCAGCAAACUCAUCGAACCCCUGUGGGGUGAACUGCAAGUGCUCGUGUUCUUUGCCAUCGUCAAUGUAGGAGUGGCGUUGUCAUGCGCCGUGUUCUAUUAUAUCCUUUACAUGUGCACCUGGGAUCCAGAAUUGUUGUUCUCUGUACACGUGCGCGGCUUGGCAGGAUACCUAGCUGGUGUGACUGUGGCCGUCAAACAGAUCAUGCCUGAUAGCACUGUGCUGGACACGCCGGCUGGUCGCAUUACCAACCGUAAUGUACCUUUGUUCACGAUAUUCAUUGCACUCGUCCUCUGGUUCGUCGGCUUUGUCGAUGGCACCAAACCAACAAUGGUCAUCAGUGGAGUUUUGACGAGUUGGACGUACUUGAGGUUUUAUCAGAGACACACAAAUGGCACAAGAGGUGAUAUGGCUGACAAUUUUACUUUUGCAAGUUUUUUCCCAGUUAUUGUCCAACCACCAAUUUCAGUAUUGUCAAAUUCAGUAUACAGCAUUUUUGUAAAAGCUGGUAUAUGCAGAAAAACUGUACGUAGAGUUGAUAUUGCUAGUGCGCCAACCGGUAUUACUGUCGCCUUGCCUGGUAUUCGAUCACAUGAUAUGGACAGAAGAAAGUUGUUAGCCUUAAAGGCUCUUAAUAGCCGAUUAGUCGAUACUAAUAAAGAUGCACCAAGAAUGGAUAACAUUGAAUCUGAAAGAAGAGACUCUGUAGUUAUAUCAAUUGGAGAUUCAGAACAGACAUCAAAACUAUCACCUACAAAUAUGGUUUCAAACAAAACAACGUAGUAUAGAUGAAUUAUUCAAAGAAUAAUAUUUAAUAAUGUAUUUGUGCAUUAUCAUAAUCAUAAUUUAAUCUACUAUACAACUAUACAAGGGUCUAGAAAGUAUAGAAACGUUUUACAUUAUUUAUAUGCAUAUUUAAAACAUUUUCUAUUUGUUCUAGACACCCAGUAUCUAAUUUUUUACAUUAUUUAUUGAUUUGUUGUACAUUUGUUGAUAUUGUAAAUAGGUAAACUAGGGUAUUUUAAUAACUGAUUAUCAUUUACAUAUUAAAGCACUAUACAAAUAACUAAGUAUAAUUUGUUAAAAAUAAAAUAAGUAGUCUUGGAUAACAGUAUUGUGAUGUUUCACAAGACAAGGUAAUCUUGUAUAAUAAAAAAAUACCAAUGAUUAUAU